CAAUGACUCGAGACGCGGACUGGCCCAGGUGCCGUCUGUGGGGAACCGGCGUCUGGAGCGAGUCCUGCAGGAGAAGCGAAGCGCAGAGCUGGACACGAUCUUUGAAAUCAACAAACCGUUAAUCUUCAAUGAGUAUUCCCGUGCAACGUUCCUGGUGGAAGCGGACAUCAUGAGCCCGGUGCGUGACGUCAUUUAUGGAGGGCCCCAAAGUAACCAAUUGCUCACGCGAAACGCGGUCGCCAAUUUAGGCUUUAAGUGGGCAAAAUCGGAAGACGGAAAAGUCUACAUCCCGUACGAGAUGUACAACCGCUACGAACCGGAGCAGCAGAGGGCCAUACAAGAGGCCAUGAAUGAGUUUAACGAUCGAACGUGCGUCAGGUUUGUGCCACGUGACAAUGAAGCCGACUACCUGGCCUUCUAUCCCGUCAUGGGAUGCUACUCGCUGAUGGGGCACCACAGGGGCAUGCAGAUCGUGUCUCUGGACGAGCGCUGCCUGCAAAAGGGCAUCAUCCAGCACGAGCUGCUGCACUCGCUGGGCUUCUGGCACGAGCAGGCGCGCAGCGACCGCGACCGCUUCGUGUCCGUGCAGUGGGACGACAUCAUUCCAGGAUACGAGCACAACUUCAAGAAGGAGCAGACCAACAACCUGGACACGCCCUACGACUACGGCUCUCUUCUCCACUACAACCGAUUUGCGUUCACGAAAAACAGAAGGCCAACGCUCGUACCGACCCCCGAGACGAACGUGACCCUGGGGCAGCGCGAGAAGCUCAGUGACCAGGACGUCUACAAAGUGAACCGGUUUUAUGCGUGCAGCAAGCACAUGGAAGGUGCCGUUCCAGAAAACAAGAUGGACAAAAACGUGACGACAUCGACGUCAAAUUCCUCUUCAUCUCACAUUGAAAUGACCAUUGGCAAUGACAAUGUCGCUCUCACCACGCCACCUCGAAACGUUUCCGAUUCUACCAGCUCUUCCGUGAGCGACGGCAUUGGCUCUUCUGCACUUCCAAUGAACGUGGCGACUUUUGAAUACGCUUCGCAACCUUUGAGUCCUCUUGGAGGCACUCCAUCGCAAGAACCCUUGUCGACCAUGAUUCCGUGUUUAACCACGAUCCCAUCUUCGGCCACAAUCCCGCCGUCAAUCACCGCUACGGAGACUACGCGUUCUCAAGAUGUCACGAGUCUCCCCGUGCCUGCUGGACACGUAACUGGAACCGCCACGGCAAAAAAUACGACUGCCAUGACUACAUCCAGUGCCGGUACAAUAUCUCCUUUGGAUGCCUCUCCAUCGACGAGAAGUGACCAUGAUACAGCCUCGCAAGGCUCUGUGCCUCAAGCUACAGAAUUGCCCGGAGUGGAUGACACGGCCAAAUCGGACGCUACUAUGCUGCCCGCCGAUGGCUUUGGGUCAUCCGACUAUGCAGCAGGACGGACAACCUUAAAAUCGCAUCCGAACGCUCGCCCAGCAACAACGACGUCUGGUGAUCAGCAGCCACUGACCACCAACGGUUGGACACAACCGACUACUCCGCCCGGCGAUCUGGUGACCGGCAGGACCGGAAACUUCUCUCUGCGUCACUUGCUGCCGGGAAGCGCCCCGCUCGCCGUGCUGGAGGAGGCUCUCUGUGACUUCGAGACGAGCUCGCAGUGCCCGUGGGCGCAGUCCAUCGCAGACGACUUCGACUGGACGCUGGCGUUGGGCAGCACUCCGUCGUGGAACACUGGGCCGCGUGCCGACCACACGCUCGGCCGGUGUGGAACCAGGACCGGUCAUUACUUGUACACGGAGGCCUCUUAUCCUCGGGAAGACGGUCACACGGCUGUGCUGACCAGCCCUCUCUUCCGAGGGCCCAAGUGCAUGACCUUCUGGUACCACAUGAGGGGAGCGAGCAUGGGAACGCUGAGUGUGCGUCUUGAGUGCACCGAUGGCGCCGAUAGGCCAGUCCUGUGGUCCGCCAGCGGUGACCGCGGCAAUGCAUGGCUCUACGCAGAGUUGGGCAUUUUUGUUCCGCCACGACAGCUGUUCAAGCUGCACCUUGAAGGUAUCCUCGGUAAUGGUUUCCAAGGAGACGCGGCAGUAGACGAUGUGCUGGUGUCGUGCGGGAGCUGCGGCAAGGCGCGGCAGUGGCAGCAGCGGCCGGGUUGUGACCGCGAUUCGAGGCCGUAGCGGCCGCCAGGCGAGCGGCCACGGGGAAGGAAUUUCCGCAGCCAAAUUGCGCGAAACCCGCUCCUGAAUGUUGCCGAAUGAGAGCGCUUUUCCAGUGCAAGGUUUUUAAUGAAACGUGCGGCCUCGCCGUGUGAUCUCUCAUUGUGGUGCGCUGCGACUGAUGCCCACCGCCCAAGAAUAAUAAUCCGGAUGAGAUGGUGGAAAGUUAACGUGAUUAAAUCCCCAUAUAAAGCGAUGUUUUGUUUUUUUUACGUCCAGGUUGGA